AUGAUUAACAUAAUCUGUUGGGAGUUCUUAUGGGGUGUUAAAGAGAGUGGAAGGUCCAUGUCUUUAGUUGGCUGGGAAGAAUUGUGCCAGAAGAAAGAUGAAGGAGGGUUGGGGAUAAGAGAUGCUAAGCUCUGGAAUAUGGCAGGAAUUAUCAAGCAAGUUUGGCAUAUAGCAGUAAAGGACUCCCUGGACCAGGUAAGAGAUGAGUUUGAUGGCAACAGAUGGAAACACUCAGUUAAUGGUAGAUAUUCCAUUAAGUCUAGUUAUCAGUGGCUUAAAGGUGGAAGAUGGAAACUUAAAGAGACACAAUGUAUAUGGUCAAGUAUAAACAUCUCCAAGCACUCAUCCAUAGCUUCGCUUGCUUGGAAGAAGAGGUUAUUAACAAGGGACAGGCUUGCAGCUAUGAAUCUUUUAGUUCCAGAUUUGAAUUGUCUUUUGUGUAAACAAGUUAAUGAAUCUGUCCAGCAUCUAUUUUUUGAAUGCCAGUUUGCUAAACAGAUGAUUGGACAACUGGUGGAUUGGCUAGGGCGUAAGAGACUUGCAGAAAAUGAGACUAGGUGGAGAAGAACUCUGGUUGAUGCAAAAAAAAUCUUUGAUAUGCUCGGGGAUGUAAAAAAACGAAAGACUCAGGAACUUAGUAACCGUUCACAGAAUGAAGAAGAUAAUGAUAAGCCGUGCAGUAAAAGACCAAAGUUGAAACCCAAUUCCGGACUAAAGAGAAUUGGUUCUGGGUUAAAGAAAAAGAAACGGGUCGAUCGCCCUGAUGAUGGAAAAGGGAAUGCAUUGAAAGGGAAAAGCCUUCUCCAAAGAGCAAAAGCUCUUUUGCACAAGAAGUCCUUCAAGAAACAGGCAAACUCUAGCUCUCAAAAAGAUACAUCUGGGACUGGUACCAAGCGAUCCAAGGAUGGUGGAAAGCAUGGCACUGUUGACAUGGGCUUGCAGAAGGUUAAGAAACGAAGAAAGAGGAAGAGGAAAAGCAAUGCAGUGCUUGAUGAAGCUGCACGCUUGCAGAGGAGGACGAGGUACCUCUUGAUCAAAGUUAAGCUGGAGCAGAAUCUCAUUGAUGCAUAUUGUACAGAAGGCUGGAAAGGUCAGAGCCGAGAAAAGAUUAAACCUGAUAAAGAACUGGAAAGGGCCACAAAGCAAAUAUUGAAUUGCAAACUGGGGAUUCGUGAAGCAAUUCGGCAGUUAGAUUUGCUCAGCUCUGCAGGACGUAUUGAUGACUCAGCAGUUGCUCCCGAUGGCUCUGUUCAUCACGAACAUAUUAUCUGUGCCGCAUGCAAAUUGCGUGAAGCUUUCCCUGAUAAUGAUAUAAUAUUAUGUGAUGGAACAUGCAACCGUGCCUUUCAUCAAAAGUGCCUAGAUCCUCCACUCUCUACUGAAAACAUUCCUCCAGGAGAUGAAGGAUGGUUUUGUAGAUAUUGCAAGAGUAAAAUGGAAAUACUUGAAGCUACAAAUGCUCAUUUAGGGACUAACUUUGCUGUGGACAGUAAUUGGCAGGAUAUAUUUAAAGAAGAAGCUAAUUUAAAUGAUGGCAAAGAGUCCAUGCUAUGCCAAGAACAGGACUGGCCAUCUGAUGACUCUGAAGAUGUUGACUACGAUCCAGAGAGUAAAGAGUAUAGCUGCACCAACAGUAUGACUGGCAAUGAAUCUGAUUCCUCUGGUUCUGGUAGCAGCUCCUGCAGUUUGAGGUCACUCCAGGAUGAUAUUCUUUUUCUUUCUGAGAAGCUAGAUAAUAGCAUCAGGGGUUCUGAAGAUAAAUCCACUGAAAUAGACUCAGACGGUACAGAUUGUGACAUUUUGUGUGGUCCAAGAACACGGAAAGCUGUGGACUAUAUAAAGCUACACGAUGAAUUAUUUGGGAAGAAUGCACCCUUUAGUGAGCAGAUCAGUGAAGAUGAAGACUGGGGUCCUUCUAGGAGAAAACGAAGAGGUAAGGAGCCUUGUGGAGAAUGUACCAAUGUGACAGUAGAGGAGAAACAGGGCAACUUUACUGAAGAAAAAUCUACUGAAGUGAAAAGGAAACGAUCUGCUAACAAAAGUAUCAUUGUUGCAUCAAGCGAGAACGAAUGCAACUCUGCAGAAGAAAGAUCACCUGAAGCAAAAAGGACCGGAAAAAGCAAAAGACCAAUUUUCAGAUUUCCCCGGAAUGUGGUUGAGAAACUUCGCAUUGUGUUUGCCGAGAAUGAGCUUCCAUCUAGAACCAUCAGGGAGAAUCUUUCAAAGCAACUGGGUCUCGAUGCUGAGAAGGUGAACAAGUGGUUUAAGAAUUCUCGCUACCUUGCCCUGAAAGCCAGAAAGAAAGAAAAAACACAUCAUGCUUCGAGUCCGACGGAGUCCAAUCAAUCUGAAGAUGGAGUGGAAAACAAUCCUGCUGAUGCAAUGGCAUCACGAGAUAAGGCUGUUCUGCAUGUGUUGGAAAAUUCUAGAGAUCUGAAGACUUCCAGCCACAGAAGUACUGCUUGCUUAGUUGCCAGAAAUUUUAAGAGAAAGAGACGGCAGAUUGGACUGCCUCUGUCUCCAAUCAUCAAGAAGGUCCCAGUUGAUUUCGGUGAUGAUGUAAGCCUCAAGCAUCUAAGAGAAAAAGUGAAGAAGAAAAAGAAAUUGAAUUUGAAGAGGUCUAGCGCGCAAAAGGAGGUGAAAGAAGCUGAAGAUGAAUUGGAGAGGCUCUGUAAAAUUAAGGACAAGAUUGAGAAACUUCAGGAGAUUUUACUAAGCCUUCCAAUCAGAAGGCCCAACAAAGUAGAUGCAGCUGCUUUAAAUGAAUUUGCUGUAUCCUAUGUUCCAAUUGCUGAGCUAAGGGAGAAAAGGUAG